CGCAGCGUGCGGCGUGCGCCCGCGCGAGGGGGCGCGGCGGGGAGGAAGCCCCGCCUCCGGCGGCGGCAAAAGGCGCUGUGGUUGGCCGGCGGCGCUGCCGCUCAGAGCGGGGUCGAGGGUCAGAGUGCGCGGAGUUUCAGAUGCCUCUGGAUGUUCAAUGAUAGCACGCCUCCAUACUGGAGCAGCAAGGUUUCCCCAAAACUUACUUCCAAGGGCAAGACAAGCUGUGUGCUCCCUCCUCCCGCCUGGUGUUCUCAAAGGGUACAGCUCCAUCGUAAGCAGGAAACUGGCGUCCCACGGCUUUGGAGCUUCCAUGGCAGCAAUGUCAUCCUUCCCUCCACAGAGAUAUCACUACUUCUUAGUGCUGGAUUUUGAGGCUACAUGUGAUAAACCACAGAUUCAUCCUCAGGAAAUCAUCGAAUUCCCUAUCCUGAAGCUGAAUGGCAGGACGAUGGAGAUCGAAUCCACCUUUCACAUGUAUGUUCAGCCUGUGGUGCAUCCCCAGCUUACGCCCUUCUGUACAGAGCUGACUGGGAUUAUUCAAGGCAUGGUGGAUGGGCAGCCGAGCCUCCAGCAAGUGCUUGAGAGGGUUGACGAGUGGAUGGCGAAGGAAGGCCUCUUAGAUCCCAGCGUCAAGUCGAUUUUUGUGACCUGCGGAGACUGGGAUUUGAAAGUGAUGUUACCAGGACAAUGCCAGUACUUAGGGUUGCCGGUUGCUGAUUACUUCAAACAGUGGAUUAAUCUGAAAAAGGUGUUCCUUGAAGUGGCCUUCACAGCUCUCCACCCUUUCAGCCGACGACUACGUCAGGGGAAGAUGGACUUGCGCCUCCCCGCAGCUUCAUUGCAUAUGCACACGCCGUCUGCCCCGGCGGCACGACUGCCUUGGUGAAGAAUCCAAGGGGCUGCUGAUAGCAAUCAUUGAUUAAGAGGGUAAUUGUCCUGAAAAUUCAGAUUGAUCAAAAGGCAGAAAUGAUAACUUGUGUAACUGUGUUUAAAACCACGUCCUGUCAAUAGGGGAGACUGAGACGUGGCGAGCAGAAAGCAGGGAGAAUUGGAUAUGCGAGCGGGUGAGUGUGCCGGUGGUUCGGGGAGGAGGGGGAGCCAUUCUUCCUUGGGGUCCGUAGCAGGAUGUUUCUUGUCACUGACGCUGGGCUAUUGGAGAUUCAAUCACUUUUAUCUUCCCCUCUCUCUCAAUCCAAAUGCCUUUUCAUAUUAGAAAAUUAGAAUCAGCUCUGCUCAUGCAAGAUUUAUUAGCUCUGCUGAGCAAUACCACAGAAGAGUAAAUGAUGUUGCAUUUCAGGGGCUCUUUACACAUUAUGACCAAACUUGCAACUUCUUAAGUAUUCUUCCAUUGAGCCACUGCAGGAUGUGAAAGGAUUGGGAGAGACAAACUUCUCUCUGGAAACAGUUCUGCACCAGUCCGUAUGUCUCUUCUUUAUUAUGGGAAUGAUUGGAUUUGGUUGCUAAUACGGAUCUUUUCUUUGGGCUCUGUUUCUGCUCUUAUUGCUCUGGAAAUCAGACUUGUGUCUGUGAAAUCAGAAUUGUGUCUGUUUAUCGCAUUUUUUUAUUGGUCCCCUUUGUAGCAACACUUUUUGCUUCUAAAAUUCAUAUAUUUGGAGCUCUGCUUCUAGCUGGCGCUCGUUUACAUCUGAGGAAGACAAAUCCUGUUUCCUGCUCAAAUGUUUUCCCUUGUGUUUUGCUUUUUUAAAUGCCUUCUGACCUUACGUCUUACAUGGCUCAUGCUCUCCGUAGUGAUGGUCCUUUGAUCUUAUAGAUGCUAAAGUUCUCUAAAGACAUGAAUGAAUCUAGGCUCAUAACGCCUAACAGAUAUUAUUCUGGGGAUACUGAGGCACGGAUGAGUUAGAAGAUUUUCCUGUGAGUCCAUAUCAGAGAUCGGAAUAGAAAUUAAGUCUCGUGUCUCCUGUUCCUGAGCUUCAGCGACAAGGCUUGUUUGUGAGUCUUUCCAUUUUCAAUUUGCUUUUCAGGCAUUAAGUCCGCACAGCAUCUUUGUGAGGGUCACUCAGCCGCGAGAGUCAGGAUGACUGGCUGUUGGGAGCCUCUGCCUGGGGUGCUGUUCAGGUUUUUCCCCCAUCUUAAAAAUUAAAGCAUUUGAGAUUCACAGUAUUUCACUGAUGAUACACAAAUCCCUCGUGCUCUGCAGUACUCCACCCCUCUCUCACAAUGGGCAUGGUGUAUGUAGCCCCCAUACAAAACCAGUGGCUGUUGUCAAGGUAAACACCAUUUUUCUGCUAGUUCUGGUUUGGAAUGUUCCCAAAAGGGAGCAAAUUUUUCUUCUGCCAUCAUCGUUUAGCAAAGUAGACAGCACCACACAGGGAUGCUGAUACCGCUGCUCAGUGUCUCACACCAAAGCCAACAUUAACAACAGAAGCCGAAAUCAAGCUGUGGAAGGGAACAGUCUGUUCAUAGCUUCAUCUGCUGCCAUCAUCGUGCAGUGGAGCCCAGCACCUGCAGUUGAGCUUCUGCCAGUCUGUUUUCUGUUUGGGUCUGAUGUUUCCUUGACAUGCCCGAGCUGCUGGGAGGAUCGCAGUGCAGACAGGGUGGAGGAGAAGCUGGGGCAGCCUCAUGGGGAGACCCCCUCUCACCCAUCAGCUUAGCCAACAUGGGGCUUCUGCACGGCUCAUCAUUGUGGGCUACAAAUGCUCAGCGUCAUCUUCUGCUUGGCAGGUUUAAAGGGACUUUAUUAACAGGCAGUGCUAAUUACAUUUAAAACAACACUGUACUUGGACCUCUUCAAAUGCCUGUCUAACUUGGCACGAAGUUUUGCCAUUCAUCUUAGCAAAAGGCAUUUCUGAAGAGCUGCUUAAAGCCGUGGCUGCUGGCAGCGAGGCUUCUCCUCGAGUGUUGGUGCUUGGAAGGCGGAUACACUUGACAAGCAGAAGGACUUGACUUUUUCCCCUUUCGUGUACAAGCACUAUGUAUUAUUCAAUGUCUUCUUAAGUCAAUGCUGGGUUAUUAAUCGGUCGCUUCUCUGCAUGUUAAAUUUGCCUGCUAAUUUCGAGGCUCUGAAAAAGGACUGCAGCUAUGAGCUUGCACGGUGUUUUCCUUCCAUGAGCCUCAUGUGUGCAACCUGGGGUGGCUGCACCCCACUGCCUUGGGUUCGGACGUUGUGGUGCUGCUUGUGCGCCAGCCACACAGGGAGGUGAGCUCUGGGUUAUUGACUUAUUGCUGCCAUUUCCAGAUAGUCAGUGAUGGUGGGAGGGAGCAGGGGCAGGGCCACAGCAGUAAAAGCUUUGCUGAAAAUCGAGGAUGAGGCCCCAGCAAGCCACUUCCUAAGGAAUGGGGACACUACAGCCCAAGGUGACACCAGAGAUACGGUGGUGUCCAGGUUUGGGGCAGGCCCAGCCCGGGAGGGGUUUGCUGCAUGAGACAGGUGUUCCCCACCUCCCCUUGGCUCCUGCUCAGUCUGCAGGCUGAUGUAAUGAGUUAUUUGCAGCCAGUUUGGAAACAGCCUCUGAAUGUUGGGGCUCUUCCUCCCCUGUUCCCCAGCCAGGCCUCCAUGCUCUGGUCUCCUCUCCCUCCACGAGCUCUGGCAGUGCCGCCCGCAGUCGGCAAAACACACGGGCCAGCAGCGCCUGCACGUUCCAGGAAUCACGUCAGCUGUCAUUACUUACAUUACCUUGAUCAGUUAUGUCACCGUCCAUCAUCAUGUCUCUCCCAGGAGAUGCUGAGAAAGGAGGAGAGGAGCAGGAAUUAUAAAGCGCUUCUGCGGUGCUCCGCCAAUCCCACCGCUCUGUUGGCUGAACAUCUGUCAUCAGACAGCUUGAAGAGAAGGUGCUUUGUCUGAUGGAUCUUCCCAUUGUAGCUUAACAGCGAGGAACCUUCUGCAACACUGGGACUGCCCCGGGGGAAGAGCGCUGGGGGCUUUUGUGCGGUUUAACAUGAAGGGAAUGAUGCUGCUCCUUGGAAGGAUCUGUGGGACUGCAGGAGAGCCUGCUGGCCAGCUGGGGCUGCAGGCUGGGCUCUCCUGGCUGGGGGCUGCUGCGGAACCAGGCAGAGUUACCAAAACUGUGUCUGGUCUGAGUGGAGCGGAGCUCGGACUUGCACGUUGUGCCCACGCGUGACUGCAGAGGAUUCCUGGCCACGUCUCAGGUGGGAGUUCAUCCUCCCUUUGGCCUGGCGCUCCAAAUUCUCUGAAUGAGAAUGAGAGUUGGCUUUUGAUUAAGGAAGCUUCUUAUUUCUAAUGGAAAAUGAUCUGGAAAGUUUCCAGCCCUGGUUGAUUUGGGACUCUGGCUCCAGUUCCAGCAGCAAGAGUCGCUUCGGCUGGGGGAGAACACAUGGCGGUAGCUGUGUCUGUCUCUGGUGGCAGAGCCCAUGGUGUCACAAGUGGUGGGGAGGAUGGUUUGUCUGUCUGGCUGCCUCAUUUGUGCUUGAACUCAAGGUGGGUUUGAGAGGAUAAGGAGGAAUGUGGCCAGGAGGUGCUCCAUGGUCAUAAAUCCAGGUUUCCCAAGGCUUGUGUGACUAUGUCUGUCAUGGCUGAAAGCGAGAAUGGUUCAAGAAACACACAUCACCCGGCAGGAUGCACUGGGAGGUGGGGAAGGCAGUAGCAGCUGCCUCUCUGGAUUUCUUGCUGUGUGCAUGUUGAUCCUGGCACUAUGACUUUGGGAGAAACACCACGUGCUAAGCACAGCGCUCACAAUUUCAUUUCUGUUGGCUGGGCGGGGGCUGAGGGUGGUUUGGCAGCAGCUGGACCUCAUCAAGUGUCAGGAGGUGGGUGUUCAGCCCAGCUGGCACUUGGCUGUGUCUCUGCAGAGAUCGGGGAGCUGGAGAGGAGGAAAGCCCGAGCAGGAGGGGGCUGAAGUGGGCGAGAGAAGUUUCAUGGUUCUGUAUGUUUCUCCUUGGCACGGCUCCAUCAAAGGCCAGAAGAUGGGCUGUUAGAACACACAGAGGAGCUGGCUGGUACACGGGUGCUGCCUUGGGUGUGCGUGUGGGGAGGUCAUGGGUGGCUGAAGCAGCUGGUCUCAGAGCUGUUCGAGCCAUCUUGUGCGAGUACAACCAGCAAGGUCUGACCUGUGAUCCAUCCUGCCACUUGAAGAACUUGCAUUAUACAGAAGCGAUGCUUUCUGUGAGCUGGGGGUAUCGCUGCUGUUACUUUUAGCUGGGUUGGAAGAGCUCUUGCUGUCCCCAGCUCUAGGUGUAGGCUUUGUUGUGCUGGAUGGCCCAGGUGCGUGGAGCCUGCCAAGCAAAGGAAAGACGGCGGAAGGUACAUGGACCAGGGGAGAGUUGUUCUGGACGUGGGUUUCUGUGGUGGGGGGACAGCGAGUGAAGUGAGUAAAUACGUGCUAUAAACAUGUUCAGAGCAUCGCUGCGUGAAGAACCCAGCACAGCCUUUUUGAGUAAAUAGAAAGAGAGCCUGGGUUCAGUUCAUAUGUCUGUUUUCUUUUCUUUUCUUCUUCUGGUCAACUGUGGCUGUAGAUAAGAGUUUUCUAUUUGAAGUUCAGAAGGGAAGGGAAAUCCAUUGUUAGAAGAAGAGACUUUCUUUUUGCUUGAUAUCUAUCUCCAGCGACACAGCGGAGAAGGAAAAGAUUUGCUAUGAUAAAGGUAGCUUUAAAAAAAAAAAGAAAACACCACAUUGAGUGUUGCUUUUCUCUGUACUUCAAAGCCUGGAGUAAUAUGGAACAGUGUAAAAGAAGAGAGAAAAAACCACAACCUAGCCCAGCCUCUGCACAGGGGCUGUGAAUACAGAGCCAGAAUAAAGCAUCAUCCUGGCCAGAAAUCCAGCGCUCUGCCCCAGCCAUUCAUCUGGGUUUGGCAUGGGGUUAUUCCGUGUGCCCAGCACCUGCCGGGAGUCCACGGGGAUGGGCUGUGGGGGUGCUGGUUGUGGGGGGAGCAGAGGAAACGUUUUGCUGCUGUGCAUCCUAGGGAAGGACUGAACCAAGGGAAGUCACUCGCUGGAAAGAAAAUCAGGCAAGUCUGGAAGCAGUAUGGGAAAAAUGUGCCAAUAAACAUUUAAUUAUUAAAAUAA